UCGCGCCCAAGCUCUAGCUCCAGGUCCGAAACGGACACAACAGCUUGACUACUCCCCAACCGCAAGGGCCUUGACAGCUACUCUCUUCCCAACCCUCGAAAUCUACCGCCAUGAAGGUUCCUCGAUCGCCCCAAUCAACAUGACCGAUAGCUCGCCGCAGCCCGGCGACAAUGACCGACAAGAAACGUCAGAAACACAGCCGAGCCCCGGAUGCGCAACCGACCGAGACACCAGCGUGACAAAAGCAGGCACGCCCGGCGAUGCUCCGCUUUCCUCUUCUCAGAGUGCCACGAUGGCGGAAAAUUGCCCGGGGACGACGGAGGGGUUAUCGACUGAUAAUCGUGAUGGCAGCGAUGACGACGAAGAGGAUGAUGAGGGGGAUGAGGACGAAGAAGAGGAAGACGAAGAAGACGAGGAGGACGAGGAGGAAGAGGAGGAAGAUGAAGAACCGAAGCUCAAAUAUGCGCGGCUCACGCAGCAUCUUGGCCCUGUGUAUCGAAACGGCGAUGCCACGAGCGCGUUUCUCGUGGCUGGAGACAAGAUGAUCGUCGGGACGCACAACGGUAAUAUUCAUGUCGUCCAAUUACCGGCACUCCAGUCCAUACGUGUUUACCAUGCCCACUCCGCCUCCGUUACUUCCAUCGCGAUCUCCCCUUUCCCUCCACCACUCCCGACUGCCAGGGGAGAAGCAGCUCCCAGGUCCGUCCCAGGUAGCCCUCUACGACCACCCACUGAAACAUCCGAGGGCCAUGCGCCCCCGGCCGCCGCCUCCAGGAGGCCAAGGGAGCCACCACUCGUGCCGAAUAUACCGUCCAACAACAUCUACAUUGCGACGUCGUCGAUGGAUGGCAACAUAUGUGUCCAGUCCUUGGUCGAUCCCAAGGAUGUGCAGCUUCGGAACUUCGCCCGUCCUGUGCAGGCGGUUGCCCUCUCUCCCGAGUACAAGCAUGACAAGAUGUACCUGUCCGGUGGGCUGGCAGGCCAGCUCGUUCUGACCGUCGGCGCACCAACCGGCAGGAGUACGUCCAUGACGACGGGUGCCACUGCGCAGGCCUCAGGAUGGUUGGGAAGCAUGGUCGGCGCCGGCACCGGCAAGGACACCGUACUGCAUUCGGGGGAGGGCACCAUCAACACGAUCAAGUGGUCCUUGUCCGGAAAGUAUGUGGCCUGGCAAAACGAGCACGGGGUCAAGAUCAUGCGCACGAAGCUGCACCUUGACCACGCCGAUGCAGACGAUGCUUGGAAGCGUAUCGGGCACAUCGACCGGCCACAGACAGAAGAGUGGGAGACCAUGGCGGGCGUGUGGAAGGCCCGGAUCGAGUGGAUUGACGAGCAAGCCGUUGAGCAUGACGAGACUCCCACGGACCGCGCUGAGGUUGUCCUAUCGCCUGCGGCUGAAAGCCUGAGACAGCAGCAACUCAAGAGCAGCAGAAAGAUCGAGCGAUUGCUUGUGGGCUGGGGCGGCACCAUCUGGAUCGUCCACAUUCACCCCGGCGGCAUUGGGACGGGCAGAAAUGCCGGGGAGAGGUCCGCUGGACGGGCAGAAAUUGUGAAGAUACUUCGCAUGGAUUGCAUCAUUUCCGGCCUUUCGCUAUAUACCCAAACUUUGUUGCUUGUUCUGGCUUACUGCUUACCCGACGAGGACGAGGAGGAGGAAGACGGCCGGGAGACUCGCGGACACGUACGCUCAUUGUCCGAAGCCUCCAGGGAAAACAGGCGCUCUGGUGGAAUCCCUCGGAGGCAAAACAACCAGCCCCCAGAACUGCGACUCAUCGACCUCUCGUCACAAGCCGAGGUGGAUAAGGAUGGGCUUACUAUCAGCCGCUACGAGAGAUUAUCAUCCAACGACUACCACCUCGGGAUCCUGCCCGCUCAAAACGCUGCGGCUGCGGCAUCGUCCCGUGGCGCCCUGGAGACAUUGGCAGGGCUGGGUUCCGAGAUGCUGAACGCUGCACUGAACCCCUUGUCUCUGUUUAGCUCGGCGGCGAGCGUCAUGAGCAGAGGAAGCGACGGUGCCUCCGGAACCAACGUGCCGCCUCCUGCAAGUCGGACAGGACGUGCCUCGGUACACCCGCAUCUCCUCAAGCCGGGCGUAAAAAUCUUCAUUCAUAGCCCAUACGACUGCGUGCUUGCAACGCGCAGAGACUUGGGCGACCACUUGGCAUGGCUUCUGGAUCAUCACCAGUACCAACAAGCGUGGCAGCUUGUCGACGAGCAUCCCGAGAUAAUGGCGGGCGCGCCGGACGCAACACCUUCCUCGCCCCAGCAUACGCACAGCACGGAUGAUUUCUAUGACGAUUCAGCAUCGGUCACCGAAGGUAUGCGCUCCUUUUACUCGGCCGCAGAAAAGGAAAAGCGGAGAAUCGGCGAGCUCUGGAUACAAGACAUCAUCGAGACGGGCGACUGGGCGAGGGCAGGGCAGGUGUGCGGUAAGGUCCUUGGGACUCCCGAUCGCUGGGAGAAGUGGGUGUGGACGUUUGCCGGUGCCAACAAGUUUGAUGAGAUUGUGAAUUACAUCCCCACGGAGCGCACGCGGCCGCCGAUGCCGGGUACCCUCUACGAGGUCAUGCUUGGGCACUACCUUCAGGUCAACAAACCCAGGUUUCGUGAGCUAUUGGAACGAUGGUCUCCGGAUCUCUACGACGUGAGUGCCAUCACGACCGUACUUGAGAACCAACUGAAGUACAGGGACGUGCGGGAAGACAGCGUCGAGGACGGCGAGGUCGGCCGUGACUGGCGCAUUGUCAUGGAGAGCCUCGCCAAACUGCACGAGGCAAACGGCAGGAACAGGGAGGCGCUGCGAUGCCACAUCAGGCUCCAGGACGCCGACUCGGCCAUGCGGCUGAUCAAGGAAGGCCACCUCGCCGACGCGGUGGCAGAUGACAUUCCGAGCUUCAUUGGCCUGCGCGUGCCGCAGGGUCAGGCUGGCAAAAUGAGCCAAGCCGAGCUAGAGGAGGCGACGGCGGAAGCCAUCACUCUUUUGGUAGACGAGGCACAGCACGGCCUGGUGAAGCCCGAGGACGUUGUCAGCCAGCUACAGGAGAAGAGCCUGGACCUGUACACAUUCUUCUACCUCCGCGGUUUGUGGCGGGGAGAGGGCAUCCACGAGCACUCGGACGAAUCACGCGCGCGCCUGGCCACUGACAGCAAAUCCUUGGUCGACCAUUUCGCCGACCUUGCUGUGCAUCUCUUUGCCAUGUAUGAGCAGCCGCUCCUGAUGGACUUUCUGAAAACCUCGACUGCGUACGCGUUCGAGAAGGCUGCUCAAGAAUGCGAAGUGCGCAACUACGUGCCCGAGCUGGUUUACCUCUACUCCAAGACGGGCCAGACGAAGCGCGCCCUCUACCUCAUCAUCGACCGCCUGGGCGACGUGAGCCGCGCCAUUGCCUUCGCCAAGGAGCAGGACGACCCGGACCUGUGGGAGGAUUUGCUCACAUACAGCAUGGAUAAGCCGCGCUUCAUCCGUGCGCUGCUCGAGGAGGUCGGCACGGCAAUCAAUCCCAUUACCCUGGUGCGCCGAAUACCGGAGGGACUGGAGAUCGAGGGCCUCCGCGAGGGGCUGAAGCACAUCAUGAAGGAGCACGAGAUACAGUACAGCAUCUGUGAGGGUGUGGCGAAGGUGCUGCGGAGCGAGGUGGCCGCCGCGCAGCGACUGCUGAGGAUGGGCCAGAGGAGGGGGGUCAAGUUUGAAGUUGCGCCCCCGGGGGAUCUCCCAUACGAGAAUGAGAAAGACGUACCGCUGCCAGCAGUGGAAGCAGCAGCACCACCGCCGCCUCCCCCGCCGGCCGAGAAUCGAUCCUCCGCCGCUGCUGAGCAGGCGCCUCCGGCGCAAACCAAUGGUGAUGCCGCCGCCGCCGCCGCCGUGGCCCGCCCGGCGUCGGAUAGCAGAAAAGCGCGGAAGUGGGCGCCGGGCCACUGCGCGGAGUGCCUCGAGCCGUUCGUGCCCUGGGAAACCGAGACUCUGGUGGGGUUCGCGUGCGGGCACGUCUUCCACGUGUCCCACCUGCUACGGCGGCUUCGCCCGGGGGAGGAGGAGGAGGUGGAUGAGGUGCUCCUGCGCGGGAUUGCCGAACCUCGGGCGUCGGCGACGCACCUCGUCGGGGCCAAGGUCACGCACGCGAGGUUACUGAGGGACCGCAUCGCGGGAGGCUGCCCCGUGUGUGUGUGUGCGGAUAAGGGGGGAGAAGGCCGGUAUUAGGGGGCGGAGAAGAGAAGAAAGAGGGGCGGAGAAGAGAAGAAAGAGGGGCGGAGAAGAGAAGAAAGAGGGGCGGAGAAGAGAAGAAAGAGGGGCGGAGAAGAGAAGAAAGAGGGACGGACGAAGGAGAGGGUCGAGGGAUUCGCUUGGGUCGCGGAUGGUUUGGCGUAUCGCAUCACGGCAUGCCGGACGGGGCGGUUUGUAAAUACGGGGCCUGGGUUGCUUUUUUUUUUUUUUUCUUGUUGUUUUCCUGUUAGCUGUGUAUACCUCUCCCAACGUGUGUUGGCCUCCCCCCAUUUUUUUAAACGCCCGCUCUCCGACGCUGUUGCCGUCAAGAAGUCGCUCUCCAGAC